AUGCAUGACCGUGACUUCGUCAAGGAAUUCAAUGUUAUUAUAGAGCAGUACAAAAUGUCGCCCUUUGGAUUCAGACUUAGAAAAACAGGAAAUAUUUUGAAACUUGUGGAGUAUAACGGUUUGUUGUAUAUUGACAACGAUAAUUUACUUAAGAUUGUUAAUGAGCUAUUAGGCCCAAAUAUACCUGAUGAAAUGAGAGAAUACCUUCCUAAGAUCACAUUUUCGGAGAUUAUAUCCGUCGAAGCACAAAAGUUCAAGGAAUCUUACAGAUUGACAUGUGUCCAAUUUGUUGAUCAUUUGUUCUUCAGCAAAUGUUGUGAGUGGCUUAGGGACCGAGAAGAGUGCCACAGAGUGUCUGGCAUUGAUGAUCUCUUCUUCAACCCAAUGCAGCAGGACAAUGGUCCGAAUAAGUUCUACUUUAAUUCUUUUAACGACAAGUGUGUAGGCAUUGAUGAAAUGUUUCCGUUCAGGGAAAUAUGGAAGUUUGAUAAUUUAGGCGUACCGCAGAAGUUGACAAAUGAGAAUCGCAGAGAACCUUUCUAUUCAAGAGAUCUCUCUAUAAAUCAACGGCCCAGGGGCAAGCAAAUGAACCUAUCAAGAGAGUGUUUAAAAGAACGACCCUAUGUUUGUGAGGUGCCGCUGUGUGAACGAGCAUUCAAGAGAUACGAACAUCUAAAAAGACAUAUGAAAAUGCACACUGGGGAUAGACCGUUUAAAUGUACCUUUCCCGGAUGCAAUAAGAGCUUUUCGCGCUCCGAUAACCUGACUCAGCACAUGAAGACACACUCAAUAGGAAUGAAGCAGAGCGAGCGUAUCUACUUUAAA